GUAAGAAGUGGAAUAAAAUAUUUUCUUAUGGUAGAGAUAAUAAAAAUGUUAGAAAUAUUACUACAUAUAAAAAUAAAGUCAUAAAUGAAGAAAAUAUUCAAAAAUUAUCUAAUUUUAUUUGUAGUGAUUGCCGCAUCCAAUUCCGCCAUUUAGGAAAUUUAAUGUGCCAUCAAAAGCAUUAUUGCAAUAAAAAUAUAAAUAAAAAGAAAUUAAGUCCCGAACUUCGAACAGAUAAUGUGGUUUCAAAAAGUUAUCAGGCUAAUAUUGAAUCCUCUUUAAAUGACUCGUACGAAGUCAAAAGUAUCGAUUCCUUUUCCAAUUUAAAAGAUGGAAACGAACCUUUCAAAUUCAUUAAACGUAAAUUUGCCCAGCCAAUAUCAAAUAUUAUUAACUUAAACCCCUUCUUUACCCAUACUCUACAUAUUCCUCAUUUCAAAUAUCUAAGGCCAUCAACGAUAUCUUCUUAUCCUAUAUCAACAUUCGCUCCUUUAUAUCAAAAUUGCAGCUCGAAUUAUUUAUAUCAAUAUUAUCACCCUCAUAAACUAUGGUCACUUCAAGAUUACCUAAAUUUGGAGGAUAAUUUUUUAAAAUCAAAAAAACUUAAUAUGCAAAACGAUAACAUACCGUGGUUGGUUCAAAAGCCAAAGGAAUCAACUAUUAAAACCCAAGUUUUACAUCAGGAAAAAAAGAUAAACCUCUAUAGAUGCCUAAGAUGUUUUCUUACAUUUAAAGUGAAAGCAAAUUUGAAUGCGCAUGCUAAAUAUUAUUGCAAAAAAGAACCAAAUGUACUAUUACAGAAGAAUAAAAUAGCUCAAUUAUUAAAUUGUUCUUAUCUUAACUCCUCUAUCUCCCAGAUGAAUGUAACGAAACCCAAAUUAAAAUUCAGGUCUCGGGAUUCUAAUGAGGACAUCGACAACUCUCAUAAAUCAAAGUUUGAUCCAUCUCAAACAACUCGGCAUGACUUUUCCCAUCAAGAUGCGAGUACUUACUGCGAAAGUCUUAUCAAAACUAUGUCAUCCAAAUGUUAUAAAGUAUUACAACUCCUGGGUCCAAUCCGAUUUUUACCUAGAUGAAUCAGGAAGGUAUGAUAAUUCGACCUUUCCAAGCAAUGGGCCUAAUUACUUCCUAAAAUCGCUCUUGUACAUACAAACUAGGUACUAUCCUCUGACCUUAAGACAAAUUUUAUUAAACCCAGAUGCUAACACGAAUUUUGACUCCAAGCUAAAGCUUCGAUUAUGGCGAGACAUAUUAAAUGGGUUGCAAUAUAUACACGACACUUGCCUUACGAUUCACAGAGAUAUAAAACCCGAGAAUAUAUUUGUUGAUUGUCAUCAAUGUAAUAAUGAUAAGGCCAAUUAUACAGCUGUUAUAGGCGAUUUUGGACUGGCCACUUCUUAUAAACCCAUUAUACCACCUUAUAAAAACUUAAAUUUUAAUCAUGAAAAUAUCGAAUCUCACAAAAGAGAAGGUAUAAUACAUUUUGAUAACAAUGUUAAAAUUGAUUCUGGGAGACGUUUAUUCACUACAAACAUUGGCACCAGCUUAUACUCAGCACCCGAACAGAAUAACUCAUCAACUAAUGGAAAUUAUGAUUUCAAGGUGGAUAUAUAUAGUGCUGGAAUAAUUCUUUAUGAAUUAUUGAAAGAUUUUAAUACCGAAUCAGAGAGAAUUAAAUCCUUGAUGAACAUUAAGAAUUUGGAUAAUUUUGAUGUUUCUUUAAAAGAAAAUUACUCAAUAUAUGAAAAAUUAGUUCUUAAAUGCAUCGACAUCAAUCCAUCCAAUAGACCCAGGGCAAAAAAUUUACUACAUUACCUCGAGAUAUUUGCUAUAUGAUACGCAAGCCGAAAUUAUUAUUUUAUAUAUAUUCUUUUUCAUAUUCGAAAUGUUAUGCAGCACAAAUCAUGAAAGCUUCUUACAAAUUAUGUUAUAUUAAUAAUUUCUUAACUAUAUAAAAUGCGCCUAUUGAAAAUCUUAUUAACUAAGAAAAAAUUGGUCAGUGAGCCGGAAUCCAAUUUUUAGUCAGGGCUAAGGGAAUUAAAUCUAAAAACAAAAGUAAUUUAUGAGUCUGCUUUUGAUUCGGACAAGUAAAUAAAACAAAAUACUAGGGGUGAUACCACGUUUUAGAGGCCGAUCCGAUCCGAUAUUA